UACUGGGUCGAGGUGUGCCUUGCUACAGAGCAGUGCGCAGGACGUGGGAGGGGUGGACAUAUUGGUGAAGAGAAGGGAGUCAAAACGUGAGUGUAUUUUCAGAAAGGAUUUGCUAUAUGCUGUGAUGUUUGGAUCGUUGCUGGUCAUAGUAUUUUCUGCAGUACAGGGUGUCCCGGUGUGCGAGUGGGGCAAGUAUGGACACAACUGUGACCGACUAUGUUCAGAUCACUGUGGACUUUACCUUGACACAAAGCUUCGACCCUGUGACAAAGAUACUGGGACGUGUUCAGAAGGGUGUGUUCGCGGUCGGCAUGGUGACCACUGUGAUCAACUUUGUAGUCAGAACUGCAUCAGCACCACAUGCAACCAAGGCAACGGGGCGUGUACCCUCGGAUGUAUAGAUGGAUACAUUGGAUAUUUCUGUAACAUAACAACAGGUGCACAGAUGCAGACAACAGUGACCACUACCUACAGACCAUGUGACUGGGGCAGAUUUGGGGAAACAUGCGAUCAAGCCUGUCCUCCAGGCUGUGCCCUGGGUUCCGACAGAAACACCAACUACUGUCAGACUGACACUGGAACGUGCACUCGGGGAUGUCGGCGUGGUUGGCAUGGCGACCGAUGUGAGAAGCUGUGUGGCGGGAACUGUAUUGCGGACUCCUGUCAUCAAGGAAGUGGACAUUGUACCCAUGGCUGCAGAAGGAGAUAUACAGGAGAGUUCUGUGAAGCAGAAACGGGUGAGGGGCACAUUAUACUCAGUGUGCAUGUGAUGUGGAUGUUACUGGUGAUCUUUAUCCUUUCAACAAUUUGUUGCUGGAGGAGUCCACGAUGUAGAAGAACGUUUGACAAAGGGUUUACGUGGCUGAUAAGAAGGAAUCCCAGUGCUUCCUCAAGUUAUCCGAGUCAGGAUCUGAGCCGGAGGGAGAGAGUGCCAUUUGUCCCAUUGACCACACAAGAGUCUCAUCUACACGCCUCGAGUGACCCGAGUCAGGAUCCAAGCCAAAACGAGAGGGAUCCACUGCUCUCCCUUGCUUCACACGUUUCAGCCUCGAGUGACCCGAGUGAGGAUCACAGCCAGACCGAGAGGGUUCCACUGCUCUCCACUGCUUCACACGCGACUCCAUCACAAGCAGACCGCGACCUCUACCACGCCAGCUGGGCCGGGGACCUGGAGGAGGUGAAGCAGCUCCUGACUACACCGGGAGUCGACAUCAACAGUAGAGGAGAGUGGAGCCAGACACCGGUGAUGAAGGCAGCAUACAAGGGACACAGAGACGUGGUGAAGCUCCUUGUGAGUGAAGGGGCCGAUGUGUCACUGGUGGACGAGGUCGGUGGCAACACCCUUCACUGUGCCUGUAUGAGAGGAGAUGUGGAGACGGUGAAGUAUGUGCUGUCUCUGCACGUGGUGGACAUCAACAGUAGAGGAGGGAGGAGCUGGACACCGGUGAUGUGGGCAGCAUACAAGGGACACAGAGAGGUGGUGGAGCUCCUGGUGAGUGAAGGGGCUGAUGUGUCACUGGUGAGCGAUCGCGGUUACAACACACUUCACCUCGCCUGUCUGGGAGGAGACAUGGAGACAGUGAAGUACGUGCUGUCUCUGAACGUGGUGGACAUCAACAGUAGAGGAGGGAGCAGCUUGACACCGGUGAUGGAGGCAGCAGAGGAGGGACACAGAGACGUGGUGGAGCUCCUGGUGAGUGAAGGGGCUGAUGUGUCACUGGUGGACAUGGUCGGUAACAACAUCCUUCACCUCGCAUGUAUGGGAGGAGAUGUGGAGACGGUGAAGUAUGUGCUGUCUCUGCACGUGGUGGACAUCGACGCCAGGAACAUCUCGGGGGAGACAGCGGCAGACAUGGCGAGAUUCUGGGGACAUCAGCGAGUGGUGUUGGAACUGCUCGUGUCCCGCGGCGCUCAGUGACGUCAGUGUCGUGUUUGUGUAGACGGUGGAGGGGGACAUGUUGAUACAGACAGUGACGUGGUGUGCCGUGCACGUCGUCGUGUUAUAUAUUCCCGGAUUUGGUGAGAAUGUUUGUUGUGUUUGAGGAGAAAUAAAACUUGUUGAAAAUA